AUGUACAAGGCCAGGGAAAAGGAAAUGGCUGGAAACUUGGUAGCGGAAACCCUGCGCGGCGGGUUGUUUACCCGGAUCGUGGGCAAGAGGCUUCUUUUCUUCCAGGAAGUAGGGUCCACCAUGGAUGAGGCACUGCGGCGCGCCGAAAGGGGCACCGAAGAAGGGACGGUCGUUGUGGCAGAGACCCAGACUGCCAGCAGGGGACGUCAGGGCAGGGCAUGGGUAUCCCGAACCGGUAACCUUUAUCUGUCAGUAGUGCUUUAUCCUUCCCUGCAAACCCUGCCAUACCUCAACAGUCUGUGCGGAGUGGCGGUAGUCCGGGCCAUAGCAAAUAUCAGUGGACUGAAGCCACGAAUUAAGUGGCCCAACGAUAUCCUGCUCGAAGGCAAGAAGGUUGCUGGUGUUCUGGUCGAGAGCGCCAUAGCUGGUGAACAGGUCCACCAUUCCAUAAUCGGCAUCGGUAUCAAUGUGGCCCUGGAAGCCGAUGAGAUUGAUGAAAUCGCAGGUGGCGCCAUCAGUCUGAACCACGCCUCCGCCGGGGACAUUCCUCGCGAUGAAUUGUUGCGCGAAAUCCUUCAGCAGUUGGAUGCACUCUAUAUUCAGUUGAAUCAUGGAGACACGCCGGUGGAGGAAUGGGAAGAAUUGCUGGAUACCCUGGGGCAACGUGUCAAGGUAACCUGGCAGGGUGAAGAGUAUGUGGGUUUCGCCGAUGGCAUAGAUGCGCAGGGUAGCCUGCUGCUUCGGGAAGAUAGCGGGACAAUGCGGACCCUUGCUGCCGGAGACGCGACCUCGCUCCGUCCUGCCCCAUAA